AUGAAUAUUAUAUUUAUCCACCCUGAUCUAGGGAUCGGCGGUGCAGAGAGGCUUGUUGUCGAUGCUGCAAUGGCCCUGCAACCUGGGAAUCAGGUCACUGUGUAUACAUCUCACUGCGAUAAGUCGCACUGCUUUGAGGAGGUCGCCUCAAAUCGGCUGAAGACAAAAGUGCACGGGGAUUUCUUGCCAACGCAUAUUUUGGGAAAGUUUGCGAUUCUGUUUGCAUUUCUGCGCCAGUUGUACCUGGUGUCUGUGCUGGUGCUCAAUGGGACCCUCAAAAAAACUGACGUGGUGUUUGUCGACCAGCUAUCUUACUGUCUUCCAUUGAUCUACCUAUUCAAGGGUGCACAAACAAAGAUCAUAUUCUAUUGCCAUUUCCCAGAUAAGCUGCUUGCGUCUCACUCGGGGCUGAUUAGAAAAAUCUACAGGCUGGUAUUUGAUACUAUAGAAGAGUUUUCAAUGAGGUUCGCAGAUAAGGUACUUGUCAACUCAGAGUUCACGAAAAAGACGGUUGAAAAAGAAUUCAAAAGCCUGAAAACCGAAUUUUUCAACGUGGUGUAUCCCUGCGUAGGCGAUAUUUCCCUAGAAGAGGCGUCUCUCAAGGAGGUGGACAACUUUUUCAAAGAGAGUCCAUUCUUCCUCUCCAUAAAUCGGUUCGAGAGAAAAAAGAAUAUUUCUCUGGCAAUCAGAAAAUACCACGAGUUCGUCACCAAGACCGAAUCCAAUCAUAAGCUCGUCAUCGCAGGCGGGUACGACCCCCGUGUGUUCGAAAAUGUGCAUUAUUUGAUAGAGCUCGAGUCACUUUGCGAAAAACUUAGCCUGCCUUCGAUCACCAUCAGAGGAAAACUCAUUGUGGCUCCUAGAAACACACAGGUUUUUUUCCUGCCUUCGAUCAGCAGCGCCACCAAAAAUGCGCUUCUUGCCAGAUCUCAGCUGCUGAUAUACACGCCCUCUUUCGAGCAUUUUGGAAUUGUUCCUGUUGAGGCUAUGAGACUUGGAAAACCAGUCCUUGCGGAAGCUACCGGCGGCCCUACCGAAACUGUUGUGCCGUAUGACCACAAGGAGUUCACAGGGUACCUUGUCGGGCUUGUGGAAGACCGCUGGGUAGAGUACAUGGAACAUGUCCAGACGUUAACGGAAACUGACCUUACGCAACUUGCCAAACGGGCCCAGGACCGUGUCGAGAAGCUCUUUUCGUCUAAGGCCAUGGCUCUCAGCCUGAACAAGGCGAUCAAGGAGUGCAAGCCAACGAAACGUAACGGCGAACUGGUAUUGUUCGCGUUGGUGGCAUUAAGUUUGGGAGCUACAGUCAAGUUCGUAAAGGGCGCAUGA